CUCGGGGGGGGCGGGCCAAUGUACGACUGCUCCGACAAGCACGCACGCACGUCAGGCGCUGCCUAUCGAUGAAGGCCGUGAUUCUGGCCGCCGGCUACGGGACCAGGCUCCAGCGGGACGUGUCAGCCGACCGCAGCGGGCGUUUCGCUCACCUGAUCGGCGUCGCCAAGCCGCUGCUGCCCGUAGGCGACCGCGCGCUCCUCAGCCACUGGAUCGGAGCACUGAGCGCCUCCGACGGGCCGGACGCCAUCUACGUCGUGAGCAAUGCUCUUUACCUGUCAGCAUUUGAAGAAUGGGCCGCACACUUUCCAAACGUCAAGAUCGUCUGCGACCAGACCACGAGCAAUGAUGGGCGCCUUGGUGCGGUGGCCUGCCUCCAGCUGGCAGUCAAGCACUUCCACAUCCAGGACCAUGUCAUGGUGAUCGGAGGCGACACACUCUUCAAAGAAGACUUCAGCCUUGCUCAGAUCCAGUGCAGGUUUCGUGAACUCCAAGCGGAAUGCGAGGAUAACAACGUGGCGCUGUCUUACGAGUGCAGAGACGACGAAACUCCCAAAUACGGAAUAGUGGAAGUUGAUCCUGAUCUUCGGGCCUUGCGUAUGAAGGAGAAGCCGCUGCCUUCAGAGACCACGUCGAGGAGAGCCUGUCCUUGUUUCUACGUGUUGUCCAAGAAGAGCCUCCCUCUCUUGGACGCCUUCCUCCUGGAAAAGAAGGAUGCGGCCAUAGAGCAAAAAGACGCCCCUGGAAACUUUAUGGCUUGGCUCAUUCCGAGAAAGCCCGUGUACGUGCAGGAGAUCUGCGGGCGCUUCGACGUGGGCAACUUGCAAUCACGCCACUCCUCCCGCGGGCCCCUCCAGCAGCCUCCCGCAGCGCUCCGACGCCUUCUCGCGCCCGUUCUCCAUUUUGGCGAUGCGCGAGCCAAACUGCAUGGCCCUCUUGGGAAGGACGGCGGCGGGCCCGAGGCCCAGCCGGCGGGCGGCCAGCCUCAGCAGCAGUUUCUCGCCGACGCCCCUCGGGAGCGACAGGUCGGCCUUGUCGCACAUGGCCAGAGAGUUGAGGUAGCUCACCACGCUCUCGUCCAAGUAGGGGAACCUGAGGGAGGGUCGAGACGGACUUUUUCAUCCCGGCCAUUUGCAUACACGCGGUGCCGCUUUCAAUACUUCCUCACCCUCCGAGUGGCGCCAUGACGACUAACAAACAAUAAAGCUCCCUUACCUAG